AUGGAAGUUAGCGACCUUCAUCCUCCAGACGACUAUAGCCAUAGAUUUUUCAUUUGGCACGAAUGGAUUCAGGUAAUACCGACUCAAGUAAACUAUGCCAAUCUUAUCUGCCAUCAGGCGAAUGGACCACUCACCAGCGAAAAUGUCUUCGAAUAUUUCACAACCUCUAUGUUCUAUGAUAAGCAAAGCAAUAAUCAAGUCUUGCGCAUGCAAACAAUGCACACCGGCACUUCUGUUGCGAAUGAAGCUGAAGAGCUCAAACGAUUCACCGGUGUCGAAUUCGCAGUUGUACACGCCCAGCCACCGUUCUUUUUCAUCAUACACAAACGCGAACGAUUAUCCCCAGAAGAGGAUUCUGUCCAGAUAGUCAAGCCCUUGGCAGCAUUCUUCGUAAUGAACAAUCGAAUAUACCAAUCGCCGGAUUUGUAUACUGUCCUUUCUAAUCGCUUGCUCACUUCGCUGUACUCUAUCCAAUCUACCUUGGAUUCUUUGCGUACUCAUAGACCUGACUAUACACCUCGGACCGGGUUUGUCUGGCCUAUAGUGGACCCGUCUUUAGCUGAAGACGCAGGCAAAAAGCAAGAAGACACGUCCACCAAUGAGGUCGGUGGUAUGUCAGAGGCUCCAACAAAACAAGACGCUACCGCAUCUUUGGGUGUUCCCAAGAGGCCCCAAAACAAUACCCUGCUCAUGAACGCAAUGCAUGCUACCGCAGCACAUUCUUCGGCUUCGUUAGCGUCCUUAGCUUUAGCGCCUACGGUAGAAAGCGUACUACCAGAUCCAGCCGCAUCCUCAGCCAGUCGGAUGUCUGCGACGCCUGCACCUGUAGUGUCUCGAGUGGCAACCCCAAAACCAAUACACCAGGAACCACCACCAAAAGCUGCUCCUGGCGGUGGUAAGAAGAAAAGAAAACGUAUAUCGUUGAUUCGUUUCCUUUCUUCCUAUACCCUGCUUAUCGUGUCUACAGGUACUAUGGUCAUGGCUUCUGAAAAUGCUUAA